GUUUUCAUCAUGGAUAAAUGUCGUGUUGUCAUGGAGACACAUUGAAAUAGGGGGAAAAAAGUCAGUACGAGCGGUAAUAUAUAGUUUAGUUUUUUUGUGUGUGUGUUGCUGGUAUGUCGUUGACUUCGUACAAACAAAAGCACCACGAGGGAGGAGAGCGUUACCAUCCUGUCCCCUCCCACCUCAUGUGGGACGUAACGGAGCUCCGGAGCCCCCCCGGGACUUCCAGCAGGCAGCCAGCCGAGGACGACGCCAGUCAACGCCGCCUCCAGGACUUCCACAAGGUGGAGACGGCGGCAGAUGCUGGAAAAGACGUGUAAAGACUCCUCCGUGCUGCUGCUGUUGCGCAGCAUCCUGCUUCCCAAACUUGGACUGUUUGCCUACUCCCCAGCAUCUCUCCUGCGCGCGGCUACUUUUAUUUCAUUGCAAUUUUAUGCAAACUUUCCCCCAGUGGAUAUCUUUGUGGAAGCACCUUCUUCAAUGCGUUUCGUACUUCAACUGGUUUGAUGGUGAUGAUGAUGAUGAUGAUGGUGGUCCAGAUGCUCCCCUUCAAGCCGUCUGUAGUGUUUGAAACACCCUGAGGAGCCAAAUAGGAUUGUACCAAAACCAUGCGGAAUCAUUGGUAAAGGGGAUUUUCAGGAGAAGACCAGCGCCCGCUGCCCGAGGAUGGCAGGAGGGAACCGGGAGCUGACGGUCACCUCCUCCCCGGCGGUAGCAGCCAAUGCCGAGGGAGAGGAGAUUGAAGUGUUGGAGAGCACCGAUGUUCUUCCCGUGGCUCCGGAGGACCAAUGGAAGGCUCUGUUUGAUAAGUAUGACCCAGAGAAUUCGGGCUUCAUCAGUACCGAGCGCUUCAGAGACCUAUUGGCAACCCAUGGCUCCGAGCUCGACCCCCACAAACUUGAAGUCCUCUUGGCCCUCGCCGAUGGUAACUCGGAUGGGAAGAUCUGUUACCAGGACUUUGUCAACCUGAUGAGCAACAAGCGCUCCAACAGUUUUCGAAGGGCCAUCCUGCAAGGGAGCCGGCAAAUUAAAGGCAGCAGUCUCAGAGACGAGGUGGGUUUGGGUCUUUCUCAGCGCCUGGUCCGACACGUGGCUUACGAGACGCUGCCCCGUGAAGUCGAUCGCAAGUGGUAUUUUGACAGCUACAACUACUGGCCCCCACCCUGGCUAAUCCUGACCAUCACCGUUGUUGAGGUAGUUGUGUUCUUAUAUUAUGGAUGUCAUCUGGACCGUCUAGUUCUGCAGGUGUCGAGCCCAUCGUUCCUUAAGAGUCCUCUACCUUACCACCCCCAGCUCCGGGCUCAGGCCUGGAGGUACUUCAGCUAUAUUUUCAUGCACACAGGGAUUGAACACCUCAGCCUGAACAUGGCCAUGCAGCUGCUGGUAGGAGUCCCCCUAGAAAUGGUCCACGGAGCCGCCAGGAUUGGACUUGUCUACGUGUGCGGCGUUCUAGCAGGGUCUCUGGCAGUGUCCGUCACCGACAUGACAGCUCCCGUGGUCGGUUCAUCUGGCGGCGUGUAUGCCCUGGUCUCUGCACACCUGGCCAAUGUAGUCAUGAAUUGGUCUGGUAUGAAGUGUCAAUUUAAAUUAUUCCGGAUGGCCAUGGCUCUGGUGUGCAUGAGUGUAGAAUUUGGCCGUGCCGUGUGGCUACGCUUCUAUCCCCCGGCCUUCCCUCCUUGCCCCAACCCCAGCUUCGUAGCUCACCUGGGCGGGGUGAUGGUGGGCCUCACGCUCGGCGUGGUGGUUCUUCAGAACUACGAGCAGCGACUCCAGGAGCAGUCUCUGUUUUGGAUCUUCUUCUGCGUCUACACGCUGUUUGUGCUGUGCGCUGUCUUUUGGAACAUUUUUGCGUACAGCUUGCUCGACGUGCGAUUGCCCCCAUCGCCGUGACAUGCUUAUUUUGUGGCAGCUAAAAAGACACUGCAUCCCUCCUUCGUCCAUCAAUACCUCAUAUGCUGAAACUCAUUGUGGGAUCAGCCACAAUGGAUCAGAUAGAUCUGAUGCAAGGAUGCUAUUAGGUAAAUGUCUCCAUUUCUAGAAGAAGCCUUACAUACCUUUUAAAGGAGAACUGCACUUUUAUUAGAAUGUUUCCUGUCAUUCGCAAUCCUAAUGUGAGACAAGCACACAUAUGUUGUUGUUUUUUUAUGCAUUCUAACAAGGAAAUAAAUUGUUGUCAUAGGUGCAGCAUAGCCUGCAUAAUCAGCUAACAAUGGAGCUCUACUCUACUCUACACCUAUAAAGUGCUCUAAAAAAACAUUCAAAUACAUCUAUCAAUGUUUUAUAUAAUGUACUUGCUAUAUGUUUAAUGUAGUAACAGACACAUGCAUAAUAACAUGUAAUAUUUACAUAUUUCGGUCGUUUUAGGCAUAUGGCGGUGUAUUAAUUUCACAGACGCAUCACAACAUUUGCUAUUUCCUUUAACAACAACUAAUAAUCAUGGCAGACGUCAUGAAAGACCAAACAAUUGCUUUGGGACAAAUGAUGAUCAAGAACCUUAUAUUUCUGAACCUGAAUAAAUGUAAGAUGAUCUACAAGUUUUAGAAGGUGAGCGAUAAGCAGAUCAGCGAGUGCUAAAUGCUUAACAAGAAAUCCAAACUACGAACAUAAUAAAACAAUAAUUUUCUGUACAAUGUCUGCUCUCACUGAGAUGUUGACUGAUGGGAUGUUUAUAUCUUCCCGUUUAGAUGAAAAUGAAUCAUAAUCCUCACAUUGGUAAAAAAGAAUGCGAGCAUCUUUGUGUCUUUAUCGCCAUAUCCAGGUCUAAAUUGAAUGUGAAAGUUGACCAACUUCUCGAUUUAUGGCUUCAACGUUUUAUUUUACAAGUGAGAGGCAUAAUGUAUAAUCUAGAUAACUUUCACCAACUCAGAGGCGAUGCAGCAGCUCACCUGCUCAUUAUGUCGAUAGUUAUAUAAGCUAGUUACCUCUCUGUAAUCACAGCUCCACUAAAAGUAGUUUGUUGGCGUUAACGCUUAUAAAUGGUAAAUGGGUUAUACCAGGGGUCGGCAACCCAAAAUGUUGAAAGAGCCACAUUGGACCAAAAAUACAAAAACAAAUCUGUCUGGAGCCGCAACAAAUUAGAAGCCAUAUUACAAACAGAUAGUGUGUCAUGAUAUAUACAUUGAAUUAAGAUGACUUAAAGGAAACUAAAUGAGCUCAAAUAUAGCUACAAAUGAGGCAUAAUGAUGCAAUAUGUACAUAUAGCUAGCCUAAAUAGCAUGUUAGCAUCGAUUAGCUUGCAGUCAUGCAGUGACCAAAUAUGUCUGAUUAGCACUCCACACAAGUCAAUAACAUCAACAAAACUCACCUUUGUGUAUUCGCGCACAACGUUAAAAGUUUGGCGGACAAAAUGAGACAGAAAAAGAAGUGGCAUAAAACACGUCCUAGAAAGUUAUACAUUGUAAACAAACUACGGUGAGUUCAAGGACCGCCAAAAUUAGUAGGACAAAACGGCGCUCGCCAAAUACUCGAAUCAGUGAAGCAUGUUUAAUACAAACAGUGUGCUUUAUAACAAUUAGGGAGGUUUGUGUCAUGUUUGUCCUCCUACAGUAACCAUAUUAAAACAAAAAAUAUAUAUUUUUUCCCCUCAUCUUUUUCCAUUUUUCAUACAUUUUUGAAAAAGCUUCAGAGAGCCACUAGGGCGGCGCUAAAGAGCCGCAUGCGGCUCUAGAGCCGCGGGUUGCCGACCCCCGGGUUAUACUAAGCGCUUUGACACUAUUUCCACAUUCAUCCAUUCACACACACAUUCACACACUGAUGGCGGGAGCUGCCAUGCAAAGCCCUAACCACGACCCAUCAGGAGCAAGGGUAAAGUGUCUUGCUCAAGGACACAACGGACGUGACUAGGUCGGUAGAAGGUGGGGAUUGAACCAGGAACCCUCAGGUUGCUGGCACGGCCACUAUCCCAACGGCACCACGCCAUUAUCAGAAUCAGAAUCAGAAAUACUUUAUUAUAAAUAUAGUUAUUAUAUAUUAUUAUAUAUUAUAUAAUAACAAUAUCAUUAAUACUUGGUUAAUAUUUAGGUUUGGCAUUUUUAUUUGUUUUUUUAGAGGGCUUUAUGGGCGCAACAGAUUACUGUACUCCCAUUAGAUGCAUUGUUAGCCAUCUUUUACUUGCGUAUAUUACAAAUUAGAGUGUGAAUAAUAGGCAAAGUUCCCCCCAAAAAAGUGCAGUUCCCCUUUAAGAUCAUGAAACCACGCAUAGUCCUUAUCAUGGACAUCCACAUGAACAAAAAAAAACAUCGACCACAGAUAAUGUACGUCUGCGACAAUAAAAGGCCCGUAUAUAACUUCAACAUCACUCUGCAAAAAUGUUAUAUAUUCUUUCUUGAUUUACAUGCCAUCCCGCUACAAAGUUUGGUAUAAAUCGGGUUUAGUAUUUUUGAGUAAUCCUACAGUAUAUACUAUUUUAAUAUGAAUUACUGCUUUAACAAUGGUGGCUUUUCCACAGUUAUGUUUGCUUUGAUCAAUUCCAAGAACAAGCUUUGCAGUGUACUAUUUAUUUUUUCAUGUUUAUAUUUUGUCAACUUUAUAGACCCCAUCGUCCUCCCUCUUUCCCUGAAUGUGUUUUGCUUCUGAUUGGCUAAAAUGACAGAGAACAUAGCGUCGUCUUUUGCUUUGGCAUGUUCUAAACCUGUGUUUUUAAACACUGUUGUAUGGUAUAGAGAUACUGUAUUUGACCCUGGAAUACAAAUGAAUGAUUUUAAUAUGUGUGGACUUUGCCUCAGAUGUGAGACAUUAUGUGCAUAUAAUGUCUGAAUCCUCCUACACGCAACCGAAAGGUGCCUACUCGUGAAGCUUUGUGAAAGCAUGUCGAGCAUCGUAGCCUCUUCUGCAUUAAGUGUUCUCAAGUGAAGCCCAGCUGAAACAUCAUAGACAAUAUUCACUUGCGAGGCAGAUAUGGGUAACAAUUCAGUUUUGUCCUUGUUUAGUGUUACAUGAACCUCAUACUUGUGUAUUUGACCUUUUUGUGUGUAACUGCACCAACAUGUGUGUACAGAUAAAUGCACAAGUGCCAUUCAGACUUUUAAGCUUUCAAAAGUGAUGCCAAGUGGUGUUUUUAGAGAUCGUUGAAAUCAGCCAAGAAGUUAUUUAUUGAUGAGACGGUGACAAAAAGUGCGCUGGGGGACACAGGCGUAGCGUUGGCUACAUUGCAACUGGUAACUCAUAAUGCAAAGCGGGAAAGAAAUCAAUGUGCUCUCUCUCUCGCCCUGUUAAAGUUCUUAAUUGAGUAUAAUGAAGGUGACCACAGGCAGCACCCAGCGGUAAACAGUACUGUAUUUUAACCUCACGUUACUCUGGUAACUGCUUCGCACAAACCUUAUUAUUGUGUAGUUAAACACAGCUUAACAUGUUUGCUGUUGAUUGUUUCUACCAUGAGAUACUGAUAUGGUGUGUACGUUCUGUGGCCCGUAUGUAUUGUUAGCAAUAUCUUGUAUGUAUCCUAUUUAUAAGUCUGUUAAAGAGAGUAUCUGGAUGUAUGUUAUCUGGGCCGUGACAUAAAAUUGAUGGUUAAAUUACUAAAUAUUUUAACAACGUGGAUAUUUUGUAGAUUCAUGAUGUACAGUACAUA